GUCAUGAUAAAAUUGUUUAGAAUGGUAGUGAAAGACAGGAAGUACAUAUUUGGAGUUUUUGUAGAAGCUUUAGAAGAAAAAUUUGCAAUAGGAGCACAUAAAUCAGCUGAAACAAAUGCGCAUUCUAUAUCCUGGGUAUAUGAAGAUCUUGUAGCGCAUCCUCAGUAUAAAAUCGUUAUUUCUGAACAAAUCCCGAAUAGCAGUCUUGAAAAUUUUGUAUUUGACGAAGUACCUUCGGAAAAUAGCAUAGUUUCCUCAGUAUCUAAAGACAAUUCAAAAGAUGGUGCUAAAUCUAAAUCAACUUCAAUAUUGAUGCGUUCAGAUUCCGGACAACCUUUUCUCUGUCAGAUACCAUUCGUUGCCAACCAAACCGCUGUAGAAGAAAAUAAACAAGAAGAAAAUAGGAACGAUGUUGACCUUAUGAAGAAAGGUCUUGAUCUUUUAAAACCUAUGGAAUCCCAUUGUCUUAUUCAUUAUCACAUGCAACAACCUGGAGCCGAUGAACCGAAAUCUAUUUUUACUUUGGGACAAUAUACUUCUCUUCAUGCCUCGUUACCGCCUUCGAAUAAGGAUAGUGACGAUCAGAAUUCCUUGGGUACAGAUUUACAGGCUGGUAGUGGUAAAAAAUAUUUGGUUCAACGUUGGGGUGGCGGGUCUACAUGUGACUUGACAGGUAAACCUAGACAAGUUGAAAUACAAUUUCAUUGUAAUCCGCAGCCUGGUGACAGUAUUGCUAUAGCAAAGGAAACGUCUACUUGUAAUUAUCUUGUAAUCAUUCACACUUCAAGACUAUGUAAUGAUUCCGCAUUUCUUAGCAAAACAACCCUCAACGUUAAUAAUAUAGAAUGUCAUCGUGUAGUACCUGAUGUGUGUGAAGUUCUGAAAUUUGAGAAGUAUGAAAGUGAUAUGGCGAAAGAACAAAAGAGUUUGGAAAGCAGUCCUCAAGAAAUGGAAUCGAGUAGUGAUAAAAAAGAAGAUGAGGUUAAUAAACCUGAAAAUAAUAAUGCAGAAAAAUUGCAAGAAAUAGCUAGUAAAAUUGCCUUACAUUUAAAGAAGAAACAGUCCGGAUCAGGAAAUGUUGAUUCUACAGUAGAAGAUGAAAAGGAACCUGCCUCGGGAAUUAAAAUAUAUUUUAUGCAUGAGGGUGAUCGAUUUGAAGAAAUUGAUAGUAGCAGACUCAGGAGCGAAGGUGGCAGUAGUGAACUCAAGAAUUCAGAUAUUCUCGAAAUUAUUUUGGAAACUGCCAAUUCAAAAAGCAAGAGUAAUGCAUUAAACGAGAAUCACGGCUCAUACAGCCACCAAGCACACCUAAGCCAGUUAUUUGAAGAAGCGAAGGCCGAUGAUGAAUUUGAAACUAAGGAAAAAGAUAAUAAGCAGGCUACAAAAUAG